GCUGUUUGCAAUCGAGUGCAAAUAGUCGAUAAAUAACCACCGCGCAAGUUUGUAUAUUGUCGAGUGAACCAGACAUCUAUUACAGCAACGAUGGCAUCUAAGAAAAUUGCUCUUCUCAGUGUUUCGGAUAAGACUGGUCUACUUGAACUGGGCAAGACUUUAGUUUCGCUUGAUUUUGAGCUAGUUGCAAGCGGUGGUACUGCCACUGCUCUUCGUGGCGCUGGUCUAGCAGUGAAGGAUGUAUCGGACAUUACUGGAGCACCCGAAAUGCUGGGCGGACGUGUUAAGACUUUGCAUCCUGCUGUCCAUGCUGGCAUUUUAUCCCGCACCAGUGACAGUGAUUUGGCUGAUAUGAAGAAACAACAUUUUGAUCUCAUUCAGUUGGUUGUGUGCAAUCUUUAUCCUUUUGCCAGUACCAUUGCCAAACCGAAUGUUACUCUGGCCGAUGCUGUGGAAAAUAUUGACAUUGGGGGCGUUACCCUGCUCCGUGCUGCUGCCAAGAAUCAUCAGCGUGUGACUGUCGUUUGCGAGGCAGUGGAUUAUGCUCGCGUAGUGGCCGAGAUUAAAGCAAAGGGCGACACUACAUUGGAGACGCGUCAGUCGCUGGCUCUUAAAGCUUUUACCCACACGGCCACCUAUGAUGAUGCCAUCUCGGAUUACUUUAGGAAGCAGUAUGGUUCUGGAGUAUCGCAAUUGCAAUUGCGUUAUGGCAUGAAUCCUCACCAGAAGCCUGCCCAACUGUAUACACAGUUGGCUCAGCUACCAUUGACUGUGGUGAAUGCUUCGCCUGGAUUCAUCAAUCUCUGUGAUGCCCUAAAUGGCUGGCAGUUGGUCAAGGAAUUGAAACAGGCACUCAAACUGCCCGCUGCUACGAGCUUCAAGCAUGUGUCGCCAGCUGGUGCAGCUGUGGGGGUACCACUCAGUCCAGAGCAGGCCAAACUCUGCAUGGUGGAUGAUUUGUAUGAGCAACUUACUCCCCUGGCCACCGCAUAUGCCCGGGCACGAGGAGCCGAUCGCAUGAGCUCUUUUGGUGAUUUUGUGGCUUUGUCUGAUACUUGCGACGUUGUCACUGCAAAGAUCAUUUCUCGAGAGGUAUCUGAUGGAAUUAUUGCACCUGGUUAUGAACCAGCUGCACUAGAGAUUCUUAAGAAGAAGAAAAAUGGAAGCUAUUGCAUUCUCCAGAUGGAUCCCAAUUAUGAGCCGAGCGCAGUUGAGCGAAAGACAAUCUUUGGUCUUACUCUAGAGCAGAAGCGCAAUGAUAUUGUGAUUGAUGAAUCACUUUUCACCAAUGUGGUCAGUAAGAAAAGUCCCUUGCCUGAGGGGGCAGUGCGUGAUCUGAUUGUGGCCACUAUCGCCCUCAAGUAUACGCAAAGCAAUUCCGUUGCCUAUGCCCGAGAUGGGCAAAUUAUUGGUAUUGGAGCUGGUCAACAAUCAAGAAUCCAUUGCACACGCUUGGCCGGUGAAAAGGCCGAUAAUUGGUGGCUUCGUCAGCAUCCCAAUGUGGCCGGCAUGAAAUUUAAAGCCGGCGUAAAGCGAGCUGAAAUUUCCAAUGCCAUUGAUAACUAUGUGAAUGGCACAGUGGGCAAGGAUAUGCCCUUGUCGCAGUUCGAAAGCAUGUUUGAAAAGGCUCCAGAGCAGUUGAAGACUGAACAGAAAGUGGAAUGGCUUAAGAAGCUGACUGGCGUUGCUCUUGGUUCAGAUGCAUUCUUCCCCUUCCGGGACAACAUUGAUCGGGCACAUUUGAGCGGUGUCUCCUACAUUGCCAGUCCAGCGGGAUCAACAAAUGAUGCUGGCGUCAUUGCUGCCUGUGAUGAGCAUGGCAUUAUAAUAGCUCAUACCAACCUAAGAUUGUUCCAUCAUUAAGGGAAUCUAUAUUGCAUUAUCCAGUGAAUCUUUAUAACCCAAGUAUAACCAUGACUAGAUUUAAAGUCAGCUUAGAAUAACCUUCAUAUGAAUUUAUGAAUAAUUUAAAUACUAUUCAACUCACCUUUAGUUUACCCUAAUCAACUGCCCUUCUCACAUUCCACAACAAACAAAAAUAAAAAUGCCAUUUGCCUUUUAGCUAGUUAAA